UUUCCCCGAGAAGUCUGUGACAUGCGAUUUAUUGCAUUUGGAGACUGGGGAGGUCUGCCUGAUCCGCCUUAUGUAACGAUUGUUCAGAAAGCCAUAGCAGAUGAGAUGGGGAGAGUUGCACAACAUAUAGGAACAGAUUUUGUAAUUAACGUUGGAGAUAAUUUUUACUACCAUGGUGUGAAUGAUGUAAAUGAUUUCAGAUUUAAGGAGACAUUUGAGAAUGUAUUCACAGCUCCGUCCCUUGCCAAUAUUCCGUGGUAUAUUCUGGCAGGAAACCAUGAUCAUUUGGGUAAUGUUUCAGCACAGGUUGCUUAUUCUGUGGUCUCUAAGAGAUGGAACUUUCCAAAUCUCUACUAUGAAUUGGAUUUUAAGGUUCCUAAUAUCAGCGUUUCUGUCACUAUUCUGAUGAUCGAUACUGCUGUGAUUUGUGGAAACACCUAUGAAGCCAACCAGCCAGAUGGACCUGAAAAUCCCCAGUUAGCCAGGGAGCAGCUACAGUGGAUCCAGCAAAAACUCGCACAUUCCAGGUCUGACUAUUUGAUUGUUGCCGGUCACUAUCCAGUGUGGUCAAUAGGACAACAUGGUCCGACUCCAUGUCUGGUAGAUCAAUUAAGACCACUUCUAAAGCAAUACAAUGUGACAGCCUAUAUCAGUGGCCAUGAUCAUAGCCUCCAGUUUAUUCGCGAAGGUGAGGGGAUUGCCUACAUUGUCAGUGGAAGCGGGAGUUUCGUUGACUCAUCAACAAUAAACAAGGAAAAGGUUCCAAGCAAUUGGCUGCAUUUCUACAAUGCUGAGAUCAGUGCUUUGGGUGGAUUUGUACUGAUUCGAAUUACUGCAGAACAAAUGUUUGCAUCAUACAGACAGCCGUAUGGGAUGGUGGUUUUCCAAACUGCAUUACCAAGGCGCAACUUUUAAAUCAGGGGAGAAAAAAAUGGCCUUGUAAAGAAAUCGACUUCUUGUAGAAUUAUUCAAAAUAUGCAUUCACUUCAACCAGUUUCUAAUCUCUAGGAGACUGGAUUCAAAAUUUAUUUUACUGUGGGCUGUUAAUUGACCUAUUGGAAUGGAUAUUGUAAUGUGCCGACAGUGGU